UUUUCGGAAGGCUUUCGGCAGUAAGGAACGCGUACCAAGGCUGGCACUCAAAUAAGGCCACAUAUAAAUGCUUGCGAACCCACCAUUGUGGUAUUCAAGGAGUAGACGUUGGUGAAGACGGUUGUUCCUAGUGUUUGUUCAUUUGUUCAGUAUCAGUGUUUGGUAAAAUGUGUCGUUGUUUGUGCUUGAUUUUGGCGGUAUGCGUAGGAGUGUCGGUGGCUGCGCCGAAAAUUCCGGCGUCGGGGCGCGUGUAUAUUGGUCCUGGUUAUGAUUAUUAUGAUACGCCAAGAUAUGCUUUCAACUACGGCGUAGCAGAUCACACGACCGGUGAUGUGAAAUCACAACAUGAAACCAGAGACGGGGAUGUGGUUAAAGGGCAAUACUCAUUAGUAGAACCCGACGGUUCAAUCCGCACCGUAGACUACACAGCGGACCCGGUCCAUGGGUUCAACGCGGUCGUCUCUAAGACCGGACCGAACUUCCAUGCAGCCCCCGCACCACCUCGGCAGCAGAUACAGCCGGUAUACUACCCGAAGCCUGUGCCUGUGCCCGUUGAAGUACCUGUUGAAGUUCCUGAGUAUUAUGCACAGCCGAUAUACCCUUCGGCUGCACCAUUUUUGUUUUCCAAAGCAGGAGAGCCACAGUUUGACUACGGUGGAUUUGAAUUCGACGGACCUUACCCUCAGCCACAUAAUUUGAUAAUUUAGAGUUUAAUCUAUUUAUUUAUUUUUAGUUUAAAUAAUUUUAAAAGUAAGAAUGUGUAUUGUUAGUGCCACAGAUUACAUGAGAAUUUAGUUUAAUAAUGGCCAGUAUUAGUAAGUCAAGUUGGAUUAGGAGCGAUAAAAUGCAUAAUUAAUUAUUCAAUGUUAAUUUUUUAAACAUAAUACAUACACAACAUAAUUUCUGUGUAUAUUCGUCAUUACCCAUGUGUCACUUCAGUUAUUAUUUUUUGUAAAGGAAAAUUUGAGCCGCUUACCGACUUGAGAUGUGUAUUGUAAAAUGUAUAUUAGUUAUGAUAGGUCUUAUCUUGUAGAUACCAAAAGGAAAACAGUUGUAAAUAAAUAAAUUCAUGAACCCUGUA